AUGUGGACCACUUUGAGGGGAGUAAGAGGCGUCAAAACGUUGCACACUCCAGUAUACAAUGGACUGGAUUUGAAAGCACGACAAGAUCUGCUUUUCCACAUCAAAUUACUGGAAAAAGUGAUGACAUCGUCUUCCUACGACAAAUCGCUGUUGUACGCUGGAAAAUACAAGAAAGUGCCACAAUUGAUCUCUGGGACAGAUCCAGUUAGGAUUGGGUAUGUUUUAAAAGAGUUUGCGAUAUCUUUGCAGCAACAAGAGGCCGAAAACCCGGCUAUCCAGAGAAACUCAACUGCCAAAUUGGGCAAAAUUGGUCUUCAAUUGUUCACAGAUUGCCAUCAAGACAACGUCACAGUGUUGGGAAUAACACUCACACGGGCCCUAGUCGAGCGGUACAAUCAAGUUCCACUCAGGGACACAUACGAAGGGUUGAGAAGUGCAUUGGCCAAAGUUCAAGUUUUCUUGCAAAAAAGUCGUAUUGUGUUGGAGAAACGAUCUGAAAUCGAUGUGCUGGUCGAAAGAUUAUGCUCCCACAAACGGGAUGCCUCAGUUAUCCAAAGAGUGUUAGCGGCACUCGAUUACAAGCUUGUAUCCAAUGAUGUGGUGCGAGUUACCCGCGGAAGAAGAACUGAGGACGAACUAGAGAUCUCAAACGGAUGGAAAUAUCCGGGAGGUAUUAUAGACUCGAACGACCCUUAUUUGAGAUCGUUGCGCAUACCGCAAAACAAGCUCGUGACGGUGAAUACGUCAAUGUUGGUGCUGGUUCAUGACGGAGAGCUUCGAGACGCCAAUAAUGUGCUCCCAGCACUGCAUUAUGCCUCGAAACAGGGCAAAUCCAUCGUCUUGGUGGUCAACGGCGAGUGCAAGGGCGAUGCCCUUGCCGCUAUCACGAUUCAUAAUAACAAGAAUUCAAGGCAAAAGGUAGACUCGCAAGCCAUCGUCUUGAAAUACUCUCCUCGAGACCACAAUGGGGUCAGUCUCCAGGAAAACAUCGAUUUCCUGUCGUUUUUGAGGCUGCCGCAAGGAUUGGGAAGUGUAUAUUCGCCCAAGUUCAGCGAAUACGUUCCUAGUUCGGCAUCUGCAUCACUGUUUUUCGGCUCGCUGGAGUCACUUAAAGCCACUACGGGUGAAGCAUUUUUGUACAAUCCAGGAACCGAGAUACAAAACGAUGCCUUGCGCACUACGAUCACUUUGCAUGUUGGUGGCCACAGCGAGCUUGAAAUUGACCACAGAAGGUCCGAACUGGAUCACAUCAUCAACAAUAUUAUAUGUCAUGGUCUGGCACAGGGCUGGAUUCCCUCUCAUGGAACUGCUUUGGCAAAGGCUAUCAGCCAGUUGGAAGACGUGACAAAACAGGAUCCAUUGUUCUUAGGCCACCAAGCGGUAAUUGAGACUUUAACCAUCCCGCUAGAAAAUGCAUUGCGCAACAAAUACGGCAUUCACAGGUUCGAGGCCGCUACAUCAAUCGCCCGGACCAUUCAAGACCCCGAAUUCGAUACCGCAUAUCUCCCAGAAAGAGGUUCAGCAUUGGAGAAAGGUAUUCUAGAGCCCUGGAACGUUGCAGAUCGCGCGUUAAGUGGUGUAUCCGCUUUUCUCAAGCUCAUCGCGAGCUGUGACGUUUUGGUGACCCGAUAUUUCGACAAACCCAGAAAGGACUAG